CUGGGGCGCACGAGAGACAGAGAGCUGGAAUUGCAGAGGCAGAGACGCACACCGUGUUCGCCUCCCGCAUACGGUGGAGUCCCGUGCCUGUCACCAAAACCGAAGCACAAGGCUCGAGCGCGAGAUUGAUGUGAGCGAGAGGAGCGGUUUUUCCAUUGAGCCAUUCGAGACGGUGGCGCGAGACAGCAGGACGAGACGUUUACAUAGGUUUGGGAGGAGGGCUGUUUGGGGAGACCAGAUGAAGGGGACAUGCUGACGGCUGCAGCGGCUCCGUGACCCGGGAGAGGACCGGAGCAGCGUCACCGACCGCCGCGCGAGCCAGCGUUGACACCGCAACAGCUCGAGCAUCCAGCGCGAGCCCCCAGACUCUCUCUCUCCCUUGGGCCAUUGAAUCAACUCUCCUGUUGUUAGAACUACUCCUUCAGCGACCAAGAAGAAACACUGAUUUUGAUUCAGCAAGACUGUUCACUGAAUGAGUAGCGUGUCAGAUCACCUACAUUCAGGCCAAACUGGGGCUCCAGUGGGCUGUGGUGAGACUCGAGCAGAGGAAAAAGCGUGUGUGGGGGGGCUGGAGGGAAUGGCCGGGCCUGAGCUCUGGACCAGGGAGCUCGGGCUCCAGGAGGGGUCCCAGGAUCCCUCUAACGAUGGACUGGCAUCGGUGACUCCGGACCACUUUCCCUCCUCUCCUUCCGCCCUGGCCAACGGCCUCCACCGGAAGGGAAGGCUGGGGCACAGCCGGCGCAAAAAGACUGACACUCACCCUGAGACACAUAUGUUGGCAGAGACACUUAGAAACAUGCAAACGCACAUAGACACGGCUGUGCAUGAAAAGGUUGUUUCGCAUGCAGGCAUGGAUAACUGUGGGCACCUGGAUAUCCAUCCACAUAAGGGUUCUGUAGGUCCAAAGCUCUCCGGAACUCUUACACCUGACGCCAUACGCACAACUUCACCUCAACCCCUGCCUGUGGCACUUGGCAAUCAUCCUGCCUCGACCAAUCAACGGAAAGCCCCGGUCCUCAAUGCAGAGACUGAAAAUCCCUCCACUUUUUGUCCAGUCCCUGUUGGCCCCACCCCAAACACAGGGUCCUCUGCUCUUCCUGUGGAGACAGAGAAGAAGUAUGCACUCCGCAGCUCCGGACGUCCACGCUUCCCCUGUCACCUGCGCAAAUCCUCCCGCCUCCGCCGAGGCAUGGAGGAUGGGGAGAAAAGAGCAGGGAGGGAGAGGGGAGGAGAGGAGGAGGAUGAAGUGUUAGAGGAGAAGAUCUGGAGGGUUAAAGAGGAGGAGGUAGCUGUUGGAAAGAAGGAAGUGCAUUCGUCUGUGGAGGCUGUUCUCCCCACAGCUCCCCCUCCUACAGACAUUCCUAUUGCUCUAACUGUACCCAAACCUGCUCCUAAAGCUGUACCCAAACCUGGGCCCAGACUUGGGCAUAAACCUGGACCUAAAUCCAGGUCUAGGCCCCCACCAAAAGUCCAGAAAGCAGCUCCUAAAAGUGUGAAACAGCGUCAGGCAGCCAUGGCUCAACGUGCAGCUGCUCAGCUUCCAUUUACGAACACAUCAACCAUCGCUGCAGCUUCACUAGCCGUGAAGCAGGAACCUCUCCCCGAUUUGGGGGGAUCAGGCUCCAAUAACCGAAGACGUGGGCGUUUCGUAGGUGUGAGGAAGAUUGUUGUCAAGGUGGCUCGUAUUCCCGUUAACCUCAGCCGCCGACAGAAGAGCUACAAGAUUUCCAAUAUGGAGACAGUGAGAGAUAAAAACAACGACUGCGGCGUGGAUGGCACAGAGGUGGCUCGAGAACCGACCGCACUUCUCCGAAUGAAGAACAAUGGAAAGAGCGUUAUGGUGAUGUUUCCUCCCGGAGAGAUGCCUGUUAUUCUCAAGCGAAGGCGGGGGCGACCCCCUAAACAGCCCCCGCCAGGAAUACCGGCAGAACUUCUCAACACCCCGAACGCUGGUGGUAUAGGAGACCCGCCCAAGAAGCCCCAGAGGCGGCGACGGACUAAACUCCCUGCCCCUUACCCUUCCUAUGUUAAUGAUACUAAUGAUGUGAAAACAGAAUAUGGGGAUGUCCUGUCCAAACUGGCCUUUUUGAACCGCCAGCCCCCUGCCACUGGCCGCUGCUCUCCCCCCCGCUGCUGGACACCCAGUGAGCCAGAAAGCUUUCAUACCCCUCUGGAAAACCCUGGAAUAUCAACCUUGCUCCACCGGCUCACCGGCUAUAAACGCCCCCGAGGUGGCAGAGGAGGGGGCGCUGGGAGAGGGGGAGGAGGAGCAGGGGGGGUUGGGGGGAAUGAGCGCAACAAGAGCACCUUCAGUGACUUUUUUGAAUCUAUUGGCAAGAAUCAGAAAAUGAGCCCCCUGUCUGAGCAUGGAUUACCCAAGAAAAGGGGAAAGGGUAGGGGAGGGGGCGCCGUAGGAAGUGAUCCUGGGGCGGAGAAAACAGUUAAGAGGAGACGUGUGAAAAAAAAUGGGGCAUGUAAAGGGGAGGGAAUGUCCAUGGGGCAGGAGUGGCCCAAUGGAGCAGGUGGCUGGGGGGAGGGGGGUAUGGACAAGGAGAAAGCUCUGGGUGGGUAUCAGUUCUGUGGAUCUCCAAGAAGAGGCUUUUCCUCCUGUGAGGUUGGAAGGGGAGGGUCCUACAGCAGCCCGGGAGGGGGCAGGGGGGUGGGGCCUGCAGGGGAGGACUCACAGGGCCUGUUUGCCGGAUAUUUCCGGUCCCUCCUCGACUCGGACGACUCGUCAGACCUGCUGGACAUUGCCUCCUCGCAGUCAGACCCCCGGAAAGCUUCAUCCACCCCUGGUUACGAGUCAUCCAGUCCAGCUACCAGCCACAGCUGGUCCCCUGCAUUCCCCAAGUGGAGCUCCAAGGGGGCAAAUUCUGGGGUGGAGGGUUCCCUGCACACACAUGGCUCCUCAGCAAGGCCUCCUCACAGCUAUGGCAGCCUGGCCCAAACUUCCCCCACCACUUCUACCUAUCCCAAAUCCACUCCUCCAUCUCUCUCACACUCGCCCAGCUCACCCCAUCCUUCCUCUUUUGGCCAUUACUCCUCCGGCUACUCCUCCUCUUCUCCUGCGGUGCCACAGAGACCCUCAGACUGCAGCUUUGCAUAUGGAUCUGGCAAGGCUGUCGGUCAAAUGGGUUACUCUAACUACCAGGCAGCAGCCAAGAGAGGUUAUGGUGGAUAUCCUGCAGCAGGUCAUUCCUCCAUGGUGCGGGGGGAGUCAACAGGACCCACAUCACCAGGAGGAGGGUACAUGUCUGUGGCCAAAAGCAGCCCCUUCAGCUCCUCUUCAUCUCCAGAGGGUUACAAACAGUACAACUCCAGUCAGUGGAGCUACAGACAAGGUUAUGGCGCCUGGUCAACAGACGGCUUUGGGCCUCAGUAUCACGGCUACAGUGAAUAUGGCUCCAAUGAGUCCAAAGACAUCUUGGAUAUCUCAAACUACACUCCCCAGAAGGCCAAGCGACAACCAUUUCCUGAAAUUCUCUCAGAAUCCUCGUCCGACUCUUCACACCUUGGCUCUGCGGCCACUGGCAGUGGACCCAGCUCCACCUGUGGCACCUACAAACUGAGCGAGGCUCCCUCUGUCAGCGGAGAGGGGGGGCAAUCCAGUCUGUCCAGCCUGGAGAAGCUGAUGAUGGAUUGGCAUGAGAGUGCUUCAGGACCUUCGUAUAACUGGAGCCAGAACGUGCUCUUUCAGGGCGGGGGGGCCACCGGCAAACCUGCUCGUGGUCGAAGGAAACGGACUGAACCACUUUUAGAAAAAGAAGGAGGGUCUGGUUUACUCUCCGACUCCCCGUCCAGCCCGUCCCCAACGCCUACUCCUGGACCUAAGCGGGGAGUUGGGGGACGGGGCAGAGGGUCCAGAGGAGGCAGAGGGGGUUUGUCUCCAUGUCAGAGAGAGCGGAGGGCCAAAGGCAGAGGCAAGGCUGCUGCCUCAACAUCUGGAGCAGUUUCUGCUGGAGGUCCAGAGGGGCUGUUCCAGGAGGGGCUGGAUUAUUACAGUGGAGACAGUAGCAGCCUCUCUCCCCUGGCCAACCCCAAUCAUGCACCCCAAUCCAGUUACCUCCAGGACCCCUGUGAGUACCCCUCCCCUUACCCCUCCACACCCUCCUCUGAAGAGCGAUAUCCAGCCUUAUACCCUGGAGAGUCCUCUUCUUCCCUCUCACCCAGUGUCUCCUCUCCCUCUUACCCUCCCAAGCCAACACCUCCUCCCCCCCAGACGUACCACCCCGUCCCCUCCAGGACAUUCUCCCCCUCCUGCUCUCCCUCACCCCGCGUAACUCCCCUCUGUGCCACUUCACUGAGUCCCUCUCAACGCCCCGCUCAGAAAGACCCACAGUUCUCGCAGUACGACUCUCCCAGCUACUGCAGCUCUCCCUACUGGUACGGACAGACGUCGCACAGCGGCAGCCCCAGCCCGCACUCCCACAACACACACUCAAACACAGGCGCACACAACACACACUCAAACACCGGCGCACACAACACACACUCAAACACACACAGCAACCCGCACACAAGCCCCCAUGGAAGUACACACGGUAAUACGCUCGCUAGCCCCAAUGCGAACACACAAAUGAAUCCCCAUGACACACAUCUUAACAAUACACAGCCCCACACAAACUUAAACACCAAUACCCCCUCCCUCCUCCAGUCCCACUCAAACCCCCACACUAACAACCACCCCCACCCCAACUCUCACCUCUCCUCCCAUACUCACUCCAACCCCAGCACCAGCCUACGCCAGGGCCCCAUGCCUCACUCCCCGUACCCCAAACUGGCCCUGGACUCCUCGCCCCAUCAGGAGGACACUGGGGGCUUCUCCUUGUCCCACCAAUCCUAUCCGGGCAUGGGACACCGCUACCCCUCCCAAGCAGCUCAAGGGGGGGGGGUGCUGUGCCAGCUCCUGGACACAGCCAAUGAUGACAGCUUCAGCGUCACCAGCCUGUAACAGCAGGUGCAUUCAAACCAAGCUUUUUCAGAUUUGCAAAUUUUCUUUUCUUCUUUUUUGUUAAGGAGACUUUUUGUUAGAGAAUGUGAAAUGAAGGGCGAGAAUUUAGCUGCCAGCUUUGGACAGUAAAGCUUUAAUUCUCCAGCAUUGACAAUCAAGAUCAACUGCAAUUUAAACACGCAUGCACGACAC